AUGUCGGUCCAGAUCUUCCUUAACCGGCCGCAUCCGUUCUUUACAAACCUCGACUACAUCUCCGGCAAGGCUGUUUUGUCCCUCUCGACGGAAACAGCCAUAUCUUCCAUCAAUGUCAAGCUAGAGGGCGAGAGUCGGACUCGUUUGGCCGCAGCGAAGUAUCCGCAUAACGAACGAUCGGACAAGAAGCGGACCGAGAUUGAAUUGCACAAGGUGCUGUAUAAGGUCGUCACUGUCUUCCCUGGGCCCGAUAUCCAAGAUAAUGUGUCACCUAAUACAUUCUAUACCCUCCUGCCGGGGGUGUAUGAAUAUCCUUUUCAGUUUAGGUUCCCAUUCAACAACGACUGCAUCGACAACCCGCUACCCACCAAUUUGAAUAUGGCUGGCAUAAGGGUAGAGGUAGCCCGAGAUACUAACCAGCAUAUUCGAAGGACUCUUCCUCCUUCAUUGACCGGGUUUCCCGGUGAAGCGGAGAUCAAAUAUUAUGUCAAGGCAACCGUCGUCAGGCCGCAGUUUUACAAGGAGAACUACAGAGGAUUUUCGGAUUUCAAAUUCCUUCCUAUAGAACCGCCGCGGAAGAAGGAGAUUGAUAAAGAAUCAUAUGCCAGACGAGAACAUCAGUUUAAGGCUAAAAUAUCACCGCAGUCGCCGCAGUCCCCACAGUCCCCGCAGGAGAAAAAAGGACUCUUCAAAGGGAGUACUGAAACCGAACUGUUGCCUCGUUUCUCUGUCGAUGCACGCCUGCCUAGCCCCCCGAUAAUAACAUGUAACGAACCACUACCACUCCGCAUCUUGAUAAAGAAGCUCAAUGACAGUAACGAGAUUGUUACUCUCCAGCUUCUUCAAAUAGAACUGAUAUCCUACACCCAUGUCCGUGCCCAGGAUCUGACUCGCACCGAAAGCGGAAGCUGGGUCAUUACCACUCGAAGUAAUAUUGGCUUGCCGCUAGGAAAUAGCAAUGACCGGGCAGGUAAAGAGUGGAAGCUAGAUGCGGAAAUGUGGAAUCGCAUCCCUCUCCCUAGUUCCGUUCUUCCGUCUUUUGAGACAUGCAAUUUGUCAAGAACAUAUGAGCUGGAGAUACGAAUUGGACUGGCCCAUGGGCCAGUUGGGUCGAAGGUACUCCUCUUGAUUUUAUCCAAUUUCAUUUCACCACAGAAAGGCCUGAUUGUCCUUCCUCUACGGAUGGCUGUUCAGGUGUAUUCCGGUAUUGCACCGCCCCAAGCACUCCUAGACGCUAUGAAUGGACAGCCAUCGAAGGGGUCAAUUCCAGCUCCGGUACAAAACCCGGCCUUCGGAUUUGGUCCUGGGCCGAGCCACAUACCGCCUAGCCAGCCUAUGGCAGGCCCUGGUCCUGGCCCCAGCCCGAUCCCGAUGAACCCGAAUAUACCACCUCCUCAGCCCCCACGUCCAAACCCGGCAAACCACCCCGUUUUAAUGGAAAACUACGAAGAAGCACCCCCACCCAGCUACGAAGAUGCGAUGGCGGAUGCUCUUGCGCCAGUAGAUGGCCCGAGGCACGAGUAUAACCCACUUGCCGCAUCACAACGCUCUUCAUCAUGGACCUCAACUGAUGCUCAAUCUUCAGCGCCCCCAGGUAACCCUAGGAGUAACAGCUUCGGCCCCUCCGGUUCCGGUGGCUAUGAUAUAGAUUCAAAAAGUGACGAACGACUAUUCCCCAGCGAAGCUGGAUCACGCUCACCCACGUUCGAGUUCACGAGUAUCCCGCCUGUGACAGUCGAGAGAGAUGUUAACCAGCCAUCUCAUCCUUCCUCCACGACCGAAACUGAUGGCCCAGAAAAUAGCAACCUGCCAAUGCAGAAACAGAUGCGUGAGUUUCAACAUUAUCAGACCACAGGCCAACUGGACGGCGUAUCCGAGUCACCAACCACAUCAACAACAGAUCUGCCUUCAAUGACAUCCUCAUCAACAGUAUCACUUCCAAUAGACAGACCGCCUCAACAGCCGAGACGGAUAACGCCAACCAUGCCGAAUUUAGGUAUACCUCCUAGAAAACCGGUUCCUGCACCGAAGAAGAUGAAUUCUUUGCCUUGA